AUGAUCCCAGAAGAUCCAGACACCAACAGAACGGCUAAAGAUCUUACUGCUGGAAGUAUCGGUGGUAUUGCACAGGUUUUGACCGGUCAACCGUUUGAUAUCGUCAAGGUGCGGCUUCAGAGUGCUCCUCCUGGAAGAUUUUCAGGUGCUUUGGAUGUCGUUCGUCAAAUAUUCUACAAGGAAGGGCCUCUCGCAUUUUACAAGGGAACAUUGACUCCUUUGCUAGGAGUGGGAGCUUGUGUGUCUGUCCAAUUCAGCGUCAAUGAGGCUAUGAAAAGAUUUUAUGCCUCUCAGGGUGUCGCUCUGGGCAAUGCUCAGUAUUAUACAUGUGGACUAUUUGCUGGUGUUGCCAACGGUUUCCUUGCAUCUCCAAUAGAACACGUUCGUAUCAGACUUCAAACCCAAACUAAUAAAGCCUACAAAGGACCAUUGGAUGUGGCUACUAAAUUGCUCAAAACUGGAGGUAUCACGUCAUUGAUGAGAGGUCUUGGGCCAACGUUGAUAAGAGAGGGCCAGGGAAUGGGUGUUUAUUUCAUGACCUUUGAAUCUCUCGUUGAGAGAACUAUGAAGCACGAUGGUAUUGCCAGAAAAGACAUUCCAGGGUGGAAGCUAUGCGUUUUUGGUGGUCUUGCUGGUUACUCCAUGUGGUUUGCAGUCUACCCGGUAGAUGUGAUCAAAUCAAGACUGCAAACUGAUAAUAUUUCCAACCCUGAAUUUCGUAACGGUUUUAGCGUAGCCAAACAUAUUUAUAAGGUGGAUGGAGUGAAGGGCUUUUUUAGAGGAUUUGCCCCAACCAUUCUCCGUGCAGCUCCUGCCAAUGCAGCUACUUUCUUGGCCUUUGAGUCCGCCAUGAGAUUACUUGAUUAA